CGUCUUACUCCGUUACUAACAUCGUUGAACCCAACGUAUAAUCCCCAUCCCGAUUCGAGGCGUUCGAAGUCAUGGCGAACCCAUUUGCAGGCAAGAUCGCGAUAGUAACGGGCGGGUCGCGCGGGAUUGGCGAAGCGAUUGCGCUGAACUUUGCGCAAAAGGGCGCGAAAGCUGUUGCAAUCACGUAUCACUCAGAGAGCACAGCGGCGGAGGCUGUCGUUCAGGAGAUCAAGCGCCUGGGUAGCGAUGCGUUGGCUUUCAAGGCGAAUUUGCUUGAUCCGGAGGUGGGACAUAAGAUCGUAAGGGCGGUACUGGAAGGUUUCGGCGUUGAUGGAAUUGAUAUACUAGUCAACAAUGCUGUCCAUCGCGCGCCUCAUACUUCCUUUGAUUCAACCACCUUAGCGGAUUUCAACGCCCAGUUCUCCAACCUCAGCGGCCCCCUCUUUGUCACGCAAGCGGUUCUCAAAGUUAUCAAUGCCGGCGGUCGCAUCAUCAUGAUAAGUUCUGGGGCAGCUAAGAUGCCCAUUCCGGCGACGAUGCUAUACGGCAUGGCCAAGGCCGGACUCGAGUACAUGACCAAGACGCUGGCAGUGCAGUAUGCAGCGGAGAAGAAAAUCACGGUGAACGCGGUCCAACCGGGGUUCACAGCUACCGAAACAGUUCUGCAGUAUCCAGCAGAUAGGAUGGCAAUGAUGGUGUCGAGGCCAACGGCGGAGAAGCGCCUUGGAACGGUCGCGGAGAUUGCGCAUGUGGUGGGUUUUUUGGCGGAAAAGAAGAGCAGCUGGGUCAAUGGACAGGUGAUAGAUGUCACGGGUGGAAUAUUCUGAUCAUCGCAAAAGGGAUCGUAGGCCUCCAGCUUCUUCGCUUUUUCGUUGCCUUUCUUUCGCCAUAUUUCUCGUUUCCAUUAGAAUGGCUUCUCGUUAUCGUACCGCCACUUACAAGAGAGAAUCACUCCGCCUCUCGACUCCCAGGUGACGUCGAUGGAAAAGCCACCGGGACGGUGAGAUGGCGGCAUCCACGCGGGGACUGUCUCAUCCAGGGCGAUGAGGAUGAAGCCAUAUUUUUACGGCAAUUAUUUCCCAAAGCGGCUGGUAGCGGCUUCAUCUUCAAACCAGAUUGAUUCAAAUUUUACGUUC